UGUCUACUUUUGAGGAGAUUCAGUUCUUGUUUCCAUUUGUUGAUUGACUUUGGUGUCAUGUCUAAGAAGCCACUGCUGCCAGGUCCGAGGUAUGAAGAUCUUUCUGGUAAGAGUUUUAUGGUUUUAGUUUCUGUAUUUAGACCUUUGAGUUUGGGUUGAUUUUUGGCCAUUAUGAGACGUGGAGAUCUGCCUGCUGUUGAGGAUGGUGUUGCUGUCUUGUAAGUGGUUAGGUCAUAGGGAACUUUUCUUGGGAAGCUGUGUCAGCUACAGUCAUCUCCCUUUCCAGAUCAGCACAGCUGUGUUUUUUCUAGGCCAGGGUGUGUGGACAGACUUACAACUUGGCCUUUCCUGACUCCCAUCCCUGCCACCACAUUCCUUUAUCAGCAUGUUGGUAUCCGUACCUUCUUCUGUUGUGCCUCCCUCUCUGAAGAGUGGCACGUUUGCGAAUGACUGACCAGGUGUAGAUCUGCAGUUCUGUAGGGUGUGAGCUGGUGAAUCCCAUGAAUGGUGCUUCCAAGCUGCUCUCAGCUUUCUGCAGAGUCCCCAAUGGGUCGCCCUUGGAGCCUGAGUGCACUGGCUGUAGGGUGGGCUGCUAAGUGAGGAGAUAGCAGCAUGCACGGUGCCUUGGCCUGGUUGGUUCCCUCCAAGCAAGCAGUAGUAGCAGCCAACAGUCUUUGCUGGGAACAGGGCUUAGUCCUUUUAUCCAAAUGAGUGUCAACACUGCUGUUCUUCCCUUUAACCAAAAAUGCUUGAAGAACCAAAUUGCCAGUCUUAUUUUGAGUUUACUUUUCUCCCCAAACCUUCUUGUUUGAAUUAUGUACCUUGUGAGUCUGUUUUCCUGCUUGACUUCAUAUGGGUUCAUUGUGACGGAAUGGGCUUUCUCAUCUGAUGCCCCAAGCUUGUGCUUCCUUCUAACUCUGCCUCGCCUUUGCCUCUGCACACCCAAUUUGUGUUUCAGGUUCAGGAUCAUUUGAGCGCUUUCUUUGAAGAAGAACUCAGGUGCUCAAAGUUUCUGUUGCUGGGCAUCGUAAUUUUCAGCUGGGAGCCAGUGCUACUUGCCUGUUGUGUCCAUUUUUAAGUUAUAAAAGUCCUGUCAGCUGCGUCCACGCUCCCUGAGAACAUCUGUGGUUGUGACCCAUAAAGGUGAACUUUUGUGGUACGGAAUUCAAAUGGAGCUAUAAUGAAUAUAUUGUUUUUUGAAUUUUCACAGUUCACUUAAAGGGUUUUUUGUUUGUAUGUUUUUAAGAGUAUAUGUUCUUGUCUCUGAGGUUGUGACACCCCUUUAUGCUCAGGUAGUAUGAUCCCACUUUGUAUGACUACCAUCGUGUCCUCCUUCCCAUGGUGCAUGCUGAGUGGAACCAGAGGGUACUGCUUUGCGGUAGUUUCUGGCUGGAUGUUCCUUCCCCUGCAGUUGGGUUGGGGUGGGGUGAGGUGACCCAGAAUCCACUGUCUGCUCUCAGCGGUCCCUCUGGGAAGGGCUUGUUUCAGGCAAAGCACCUGUGCCGUCAGCCUGCAUUGUUGGUGCUCUGUCACAGAACUGCUCUCAGGAGCUGCCAGCCUCACCUUUGAUCACCUUUUGAUUUUGUGUGAUUUUAUAUGAAAGUAGGGUUUUUUCUUUUUUUUUUUUAAAUAGGAAAAUGGUUCUCUCCCCAAUUUUAAAAGUUUCCAUGUAGUAUCAACUUAGAAUCUGGCAAUGCUUAAUUAAAGGUAUGCAGUGGAAAGAAACUGCUCACUCUGCCCUGCUAGCUUUGACACAGUUCUGGUGUGGACCCCCUGGCAUCCUGCCCCAUCCCCACUCCUCCCUGUCUCUGGGUCACUACUUAGGCUUCUAUCUGUAACAAAUACAAUGGAACAAUGGCCUUUUUAACCAUUGGCAUUUCGGUGCUUACAAAUCCUCUCUAAAUGGCAGCUUAAACUUAUCUAUAGCAUGCAGCACCUCUGUGAACAUCCUUAAACAUACAGCUUUUUGCUUGUGACCAAUUAUUGUUUUUAGUGUUUUUGGAUACAAGUUCAGAAAAGUAGGAUAGCUGAGACAAGGGAUGGAUAUUUUAAUAAUAUUACUCCCUGAGGUGUCUGUGACAUGGGUUCCCUCUGGCUGUGCACAAUGUCUGCAUUUCCUCAUGGGAUCCCUUAUCGAGUCACACAGCAGGCAAUGCCCAGGUGCUCCAACCGGGAUGUGGUGAGUUCACAGUCUACUGGAGUAUGGGUCUCGAGGUGCUGGUGUUCACAGUCUUGGAGCAUCAGUACCCAGUCUGGUUCCCAUUCCACACCAUCACCAUUCCCAACACGAAUCCUUCACUGAGCAUCUCCCACACAGCAGGGUACUUCAAGAUUGGGGGCAGUGAUUGAUCUGGUAACACGUGCUAAGGGGAGGUUAGUGAUCAGAAGAGUGAAUAAUGGUCUCAUGGCUGACAUUGCUGGACAGCUUGGACUUCUGAGACAGCUUAGGGGCAAGGACAUGAACCCUGAGUUUAUCCAUUUUGUAGAUGAGAAAGUCAAGGUAUCAAAAAAGCCGUGUGUGAGCAGUUUGAUGCAGUACUACAUGCUUCUAACUAUCAGGUUGCAGUCUUCCAUUUGUCUGGAUGUCUUAUGGAUGAAGAGGACACCAACUGUGAUACUCUUCUGUGUCUGCUGGGAAGCUUCAAGGGCUUGGCCAGGGUUCUUCUGGUCUCAAGUUUUCAGAUCUCACCCAUUUCAGAUCAGUGUGUGAAUUGACUCUGAGGAGCAUAGCAGGACUGCAAGCAUCGAGAUUGCUAACCAGUGAGGUCUGAGCAGGUAGAAUAUGUGGAGCUGACCGGGGAAAGAUUGUAGGAAUAAUGGAGCUGGGGAGACCUCAGAACAGGUAGGCUGUAGGAAGAGACCUUGACCUAGGCAGCAUGGUAAUUGAUGUACUCAUGCGUUCAUCAGGUGGGUUGAGCCACCAGACUUUGAGGGGUGGGCUUCUCCAUUUCCAGAAGCAAGACAGGGCUACAUAGGUUGUUCUCUCCUUCAGCAGUGAGCAGCAGGUGCCUAGGGGAUGGGGCCUCAGCAGGGUGACCUUACCACCCAGACAAUGGGCACUGUUAGACACGAGCUGCAGUUAUUAGAAAUGGUGAUGGCUUUAUAUUUGCAGUUGCACUGAGUUUGAUUGGUUGGUUUUUGAGACAGGAUCUGGCUAUGCAGCCCAUACUGAUCUUGAACUUACAGUCUGCUUGCUUUAGCCUUCUGAGUGCUGGAGUCACAGGUAUGUGUCACCACCAUGCCAGGGCUUAUGCGAUUUAUGACUUAUAUAAAUAAAUUCUAAUUGCUAAGGAAUUUUGUUCUCAUGUAGUAUUUUUUCAUGCCCAUAAGGUCAACUUCAAGGACUGCAGUAGACUAGCAUGAAUGUACAGGCUGCUGCUUCCCAACCCAAACAGUCAGGGCAAGUGCUCACAGAAGGAAGAGGACGGCACUGUGUCUAGCACUGUGUAGUGGCUUUUAGCCACUGUGUAGUGGCUUUAGUAGUCACUACAGGCACACUGCACUGUGCCUGGAGAAUAGUCCAGACUUCCUGGAGUGUUGCCCAGAUGCAAAGCUGUUGCAGGCUACUUAUGGGCCUGUGGGUGCAGGGUGGGGACAUUGGAUCAAGGGGAAUAGCCCCAGCCUCAGCUUGAUGAUCUGUGACACUGUGCAACAGGGGAUUUCUGGAGCAAGAAAAGGAAAGGCCCUGGUAAGAGAUGCUGAGGGGACAGCUAGUAAAACAUUUCCUAUUUGAAAAAACUAGACUGCCCUAGCCAGAGGUGUGCACAGUCAUGUCAGUCCAGAGCACAAAAGCCUAAAAUAAAAGGGGCUUCCUUCACAACAUUGCUGGAAGAACCGUGGUUGUCAUUGUCAGGGUGUGCAUCUUGGGCCUUACAGCUCUGGGAAUGGUGCAGCCAUGAGUUUUCUGGAAGAGUUCUGUGCUACUUGGUCAUGGUCCGAGUUCUCCCACAUUUUCUCCCACUUAGAACCUUUUAAAGGAAACAAUAAAACAAAAGUGAUAAGCACAUUGAACUUGUUCUAAGGCGUUUACCUGAGUGUGAGUGGGAAGAGCACCCUAGCACUUGAUGCAUGCAGCCACUCACCAGGAGUUUCACCCCAGGGACAGUGCACCAGGGUGCUGAAGGAUUCCUCCAAGAGCAGGAGAUGUUUUGGAAAAUCACGAGGGCCAGGUAAGACCCUCUUCAAACUGGGGAGAACUUGUAGUCCUUAUGAGUGAUAGGUUUGGGCCUAUGAGAAAGAGAACAGGGGUGAACCUUUUUCAUGGUUGGGAGCACAGAAGGCCCUGGGUCCACACGACACAUCCUGAGACUGCCCCACAUGUGUGCUGGGGAUCCGAGCUCAGGUCCUUGUGCUCUUGAUGCAAGCACUGUACUGACUGAGGUAUUGCCGCAGUCUGUAAUGGAGAUGCCACUUUCUUGGCUCCUUUAAUCAAGCCUUUUUCCCCUUCCCAUAUACCUACUUUAAAUUUGAUUACAAAAUACUGUUAAAAAUGCACAGCUCUUAUUUUCCCCAUGUAAAGAAGCAAUACACCAGCAGCACCUAGAAGACCCUCUGCUUCUGCUUUUAAUAUUUUUUAAACCAUGUAUGUAUAUGUCACUAAAAAUUUUUGUUUUAGUUAUGCAUUUUAAAUUUGAUGUACCUGGGAUUAUAGCGCAUGCUUUGUAGCUGUGAGGUCUUGUGGAUAGGACUUAGUGAGACCCAGUCUCACAUGCAGGAUCUGUAGUCAGCCUUCCAUUGGUUAGGAUCUGCCUGAAGCCUGUUCCUCACACAGUCUCUGUCCUGUAGUAGUGUGCUGCUGCUUAUUUGCAAACAUGCCUACUAGUAAGUGUGCUGUUGGGAGCCUCUUUGUGUUUCCUGCUGCAAGUGCACAUGGUGUAUAGAAGAAGAUAAGCAGUAUUCCGACCCCUCCCCCACAGGACUGAUGUAAGGGAGCUCUCUGGGCAUCUGCUGAACUAUAGCCAGAUGUUAGCCUCCUUUGUAGGAGGUUGUAGGUGUUGGUACUUCCUGUCCGAAGUAUCCAUGUUUCUGUUUGAUAUUUGGCUGCUGGUCUGUAGGGUGGAUGUCCUGUGUGUGUCUUAACUUUCAGCUCUAAGCUAACGUGCUGGGUGCUUUCUUCAGGACCCCCCCUUGCCCUCCCCAUGAUCCCUCAGGGAAUAUACUUGUUUUAUUGUUUCUGUGUUUAUUAAUGUUGUUGUUAUCGCUUGCUGUAUUCUGGGGUCUUCGUUUUACUUCUUGCAUAUUUAUUUUGCUGUACCCAUUCUCAUUGGAGCAUUUUUUCUUCAGUCUUAUUUUCUUCUCAGGUGUGCACCCCUGACUGAGAAUGGUGUCUUUGACUUUCUCCGACGAGUGCAGUUGCUCCCUCUGUGCUCUUGUUGCUUGAUAGCAUGAAUGUCAUUUUGAGAUGUAUGUGAAUUCAGUGUUCCCUGAUUUCUUAGUCUUGUGUUUGCUACCUACCUACCUACUUUAUCUAUCUAUCUAUCUAUCUAUCUAUCUAUCUAUCUAUCUAUCUAUCUAUCUAUCUAUCAUCUAUCUGAAGAGUAAUGUAUUUCAGGAAUUGGGGAACAUUUCAGGACUUAACUUUUUUUCUAUCCUGUAUGUAUUACCUAGAACAAGGACAGCCUCCCAUUACCCCAUAACUUGUAUAAAUUCAGAAAGUUUACUGUGACCCAGGACUGUUCUCUGUGUCCACAUUUUGUUGAUUGUCUGAUAAGAAUGGUUUAUGUGUCAAAAGAAAACCUCAGGUCCUCACUCCAUUCCUGCCUUCUGUUCCACAGGCUUCUCUAACCUUGGACAGUCUUAGUGACCUUUCUGUUGCUUCCUAACAAGAACAGUAUGGAAUCAGACAAGGCUGCCAUUAAAAAAGAAAAAAAAAGUCCCUCCCCUCGACCUUGUUCAUUUCCUCCUGUUCAUUUCACAUGGUCAAAGUUGGGCUGUGAGGCACAGAGGUUGUCCUAGAAUCUUAGGUGCCCUGGCUUCCACUUGUUCAGGAGGCUGAAGGGAUGUUGCCAGAAGCUUGUAACAAGAAGCUAUUGGGGGACUAAAGCCUCUGAUCUGAGGCUUCUGAAUUCUUCUGUGACUCCUGGCUGACCUUGCUGUUGCUUAAAGAUAUCUCCCACAGCCCUGGUGACUGUGAUUACUGUCAUUUGGUUAAAGGUGACUUUUCAUUAUGAAGAGUUCCUUUUCUGUUUAUGUUCAUCUGAACUCCUGAUUCUUGGUUGCUCCCUGGCUUGUACCCCUUUAUUGUUGUGAACAUUUUAGAGAUCAGGCUGCCCCGGAUAUGACUCAUAGGAGCUCUUGUUCUGCCUCAGCACAGAGCUGGGGUUCAACUAUAGAGAUAGUUGAAUGCAGCUCCUUUUUGGGUUCUUAUAUGUAAGUCCAUUAUGCAUGACCUGUACCUCCAGUUCCACUCAGCAGUGCAGUGGCCCUGGGCAGUACUUGUCUCUUCAUAGUGGAUAGUCCCCUGGAGAGAAAAGUACUUAGCAGCCAGAAUUUUUAAAAAAUGUAUUUAUUCAUUUGUUCAAUUUUAGAAUAUUAAAACAACAACAACAACAACAAAAACGUGUGCCUGUGAAAAGGAAACCCAGUGACCAGAACUCAGCAUGCUUUGAAGGCAUAGGACCGAACUUUGUGUCCAGAGAGCUUCAGAGAUUCCCACUUUUGUGUGAAACAGUUCGAUCCACGUGUCAGUGUUUCAUUUCUCUCUCCAUUCCUGUUCUCAUUUGUUGAUCUUCCCUUGCGAGUAUGGAGCUGAAUAUGCUCAGAGUGGCAGUGAGAUUUAGCGAAGCUCUCCUGCUCACCCUGCCCUUGCAGUUGCUUGUGUGACAGAGCAGGAAUACACCUUGCCUCUGCAUUGUGCAAGUGUUCACAGGAGUCUCCACUGACUCCUGACAUCUACUGGGCCCUGGAUGCCUGCUUGUUUGAAGCUCUUUAACAGUUGACUCUGUGAACCAGGCACCCUAUGAAGGGAAUAUGGCAGUGUGCCCACUGGGGCUUUACUCAGGGAGCAGCUCUGUGUAUGACUUUAUAGGGGCUGCGUUGUCUGAGUUACUGUAGGGAACUGAUUUAUGUAGAAAGAGUAAUAUAUGUAAUGUAAUAUUAUAUAUUAUAUAUAAUAUAUAUGUUAUAUAUAUAAAAUUCUGUUAUAAUUUCCGAAGUUUCCUGCAUAGAAGGAGUACUGUUUCAUAGGCCCACUAGCUGGGUCUGGCAUGGUAGGUGGUUCCUACAUGCUGUGCCAGCAGAUGAGUGUCUCUUCUUACUUGCCGUCUGUAUAGAUCCAGAGCCUCGCUCCUUUCCAAAGGCUGUUUUUCAGUUGGCAUGUUGGACUUGGUUCCCGUGCUUUUCCAGAGUUCUUCAUAGGAGGAACCAUGAGUGCUAGCUACAUAUUUACCCACAUGGUUCCCCCUCUUUACCUGCUGCUUUUGACACCUUACUGUCACUUCAUUGUCUCAUUUACUGCCAAGCCUUCCCCAGAGUCACACUCACUGUGCACUUUUUGCACCUGUAUUGGGACCUCCAGUGGUAAGCCAGCUUCUGUGUAGCCACUGGGGGCUCCUUGUCCCUUGUGUUGUGUGAUGAGCGUGUAUCAUACCAUGACUGUUGAAAGGUUACUCUUGGGUGUGGUGGUGUUUUGGUCUAAUUUUAUCUUAACCCAGAUCACCCUUCGCUGUCCCAGUGCUGUUUAUUUACAGGUCCCUGUUGUAUCAGUGACUGAAAUGCUACCAUCACUCUUUCUGGACUCUGUCCUUUUACCUGGCUGUGUCUGGUCAUUGUGCCAGCACCAUGCUGCCUUGGGUAUAGCUCUGUUCUUUGUGCCUCUGUUAGUACUCAGCAUUCUUCAAAUGUACAUUUCUGUCCUAAAUCUUUCUUUUUAGAACACUAGUGAUGUUGCAUAUUUUUCUCUGGCCUCUCACAAACCCCCCAUUCCCACUAUGCCCUUGGGAGGUUUAUUUUAAAUAGGAGUAUGUGUGUUUCUAGAGUGCAGAUGCCCGUGGAGCCCAGAAGAGAGCAUUGGAUCCCCUGGAACUGAAGUUACAGGCAUUUGUGAGCCACCUGGUAUGGGUGCUGAGAACCAAGCUCCAGUUCUCUACAAGUCCUCUCUGAAUUACUUCUAUAGGGCUUUUCAUUGUUGAGCAAGUCUCCCUUCAGCUUUAUCUACUUCAUUAUUUAAAUCAUUCAUUUCGUUUAAAAUUUCAAGGAUUAUAAUUUAUUUCUGUUUUAUAUGGCUCAUUACUAUGACUUUUGUUCUUAGAACUUUCUGUGGACAGCGUAUGUGUUGCUGACGCAUUCCUUCAGGAGGAUUCUGGCGUGAUUACACUCAGUGGCUGGGGCCCUGCUUAGAGCAUACCUUAGGGUUCACGAGCCCAGGCUUCUGUCAGGGCUCACCAGCUGCUCAGUGCAAGGCGAUCUGUGGCUCCGAGUCCUCAAGGGCACUUUCUCUCUGGAUCUGCUCCCUUCCAGCCAUUGGCAGCCUUGUGUUCAGCCUUGUCCCUAGAUUUGCCUUGCUUCGAACUCCUGUUCUGUGGCAUUCAUUCAUGGCCUGCUGAAUACAGUUUUGUAGAUGACAUGGUCACGCUGCCAGAAACAGGGUCCCCUCUCAGGCUUUGCAUUGUUCACUGUCCUCAGUUGACUGUUGUGUGGAACUCCAGAAGCUAUAAUGUGACUGAACAGAGAGCUGGAAUAAUCUGGGGGUUGAAGAUCAGCCUAGCCAUGCUUGUUAAUGCUGCAAAAACCACAUGAUUCCCAGGUGUCACUGCCAUAUUGCAAGUGUCCCAUUGAAGGUCUGUAGGUACAGUCCCAACAGCUUGGAGUUUCAAGCCUGGGUUCAGUUCCAAGGAGAAGAGUUGUUGUUGAGUUUUGAGUACCUCUAGAGUCCUUGCCCCAGCCUCUUAGUUCUGAGACAAUAAGAUCAGUUCCUGGUUACCUCAGGGACAUCCCAUCUAGUUCUUUUUUCAAGGACGUUUGUUGUUCUCCGUGUAGAGCACAUUUAAAAUACGGAAUGACUCCAAGUAGAAGCCAGCUUGGUAAAGAGACAGGGACAGAGGAGAGAGAGCUUCCUUAUCCAGUCAUCACCCCUCUUUCGGGUUCCCCAAAUGUACUUGGGCAGAGAUCAAAGGCGGACAUGCCUCGGCCUUCCUCUGGGGUAGUCUUGGAUGCAAGCUGCACCAGGCUACUGCCUCCAGCUUUUUUUCCACAGCCUCUUUAUCUUUACAGCAAGCACUGUGGUGGCCUGCCUGUGGGCUAUGUGUGGGGUUUGCAAAUGGAGCCGGAGCUGGUGACUGAGCCAGCCCCUGUAGUGAGGAAGCCAAGAGGGAAGGGGAUCCGCCUGGGCCGCCAUGCUCCUGCUGGUCCCGAGCUGCGACCACUCUCCUACACUUUGUUGAAGCCUCCGUUUUGCAGCCUGUGUGUAGCUGUGGGUACAGAGCUCGGGCCACCCGCCUGUUCUGUUCUUGGUCUGCUGAGUGCUGUGCAGCUUUGGCACAACAAACAGCAGCCUCACCCUGGGGCACCACGCCUGUCUCUAAGUCAGCGUCCAUUUCAUAAAGGCUAGUGUGAAAGUUUUUCAUGGGUUGGACAUACAAAGAAUAGAGUGGUUUGUCUUUCCUCUGCAGCGUAGAACAGAUGAUGACCAAGAGCCAAGUCCGACAGCAUGUGUGUCAGAAAGUGCAACAGUAGAGCCAUUACCCCUGGCCAUACACCCCAUAAACAGCGCGCAAGGGGUGUGCUUAGGGUCUGGGGCAAUGGAACAUUAUUGCUUGGAUUUUACUGAUCACUCAUGUUCUAUCAGAUGGUUAAGGGAGAGAAGAACACAUGUGAGCGUGUGCCCGCAUGUGUGCAGAGCAGACCUUCUGGGUACCAUGUGGGGACUCACCCUGGUCAGCCUGCUCUGGAAAUAGGGUUUACACCGCCACCUCUGGCUGUGUGUGAUGGAGACACCAGCGUGCAGAUGGGCUCCCUCUUGUCUGGCCGUCAUGGUCUGAGGCCCUGGCAUUGAAACCCUGGCAGUGGUGUGGAGGCCCCCCUAAGAAGAGAGUGCUGCCUUUGCUCUGUGCUGCUGCUGGCCCUCAGAUCCCAUCCUUGCUGAGGUGGUGCUGCUGCUCCGCCCUUAGUUGGGAAUGGGGCAUAGGGCCCCUUUCUUUUUUUUUUUUUCUUUUUUCUUUUUUUCGGAGCUGGGGACCGAACCCAGGGCCUUGCGCUCGCUAGGCAAGCGCUCUACCGCUGAGCUAAAUCCCCAACCCGAUAGGGCCCCUUUCAGUGGCGAUGCUGACACACAACACCAAGGCUCAUCAGCUGCAGACUCAAGUUACAGGGUGGGUCUCUUUAGUCUCUUUAGCUUUUCCAUUGCAGUCUAGUGCCUGAAAGAACCCCAGAACUCCAGCUCUGAGAACAAGCCCCCAUUCUUUGGAGGCUAAACUAGGGGCUUGAGAGUCCACUAUGAGAUGCGAGGAAGAAGAAAUGAGAGGCAAGAGACAGACAGGCUGUUCUCUGUCACCAUGGGACAUCCCUUCCCAUCCACUGUUGAGGCAUUCUGUUGAGGGGACUUCUCAUGUUCAAGUUGAUUCCUGGGCACAGGGUAUGGUAGACCUUCCACAGCUGACUGACCUUUCAGUAGGUAGGGUUCACUUGUCUUUGACAGCUUUCUCUUUUUUGAGCUGCUUCCAGACUGAUGGCUUCAUGGGAGCAAGGCCAGCAUCAGCAGGCACAUGGCAGUAAAGUUGGGGUGAAGUACUUGUGUGUCAGCUGAGCACAUAGAAGGCGGUCUCAGCGCAUAUUUAUUAGAGGGAAAGUUCUCCCUUAACUAAUGGUGCAGCCUGUGUAAGUUAGUUAACUCAUGGCUUGUUGUCUGAAAGUCUUCUGGCCAUGUUAUGGGUGUGUCUACUUUAAAAUUCAGAGUACUAGUUCAGGGAUCAUGGACUAGGUGUAGUCAGCCAUGUGUGUCUGUUCUGAAGAUUUGGGCCCCUUUCGGCCUUGCCUACUCUCUAGUGGCCGACUUCCCUGUUCUUUUGUCUGUGCUGCAAAGAACUCCCAAGGUGACAGAGUACCUCUGCAAAUAAGCUGAGGAGGGCUGUGCCAGUGUGCACAGGGCAGACAUGGUGUGGAAAAGCUGAGGAUUCUUGCUAGCAGGACUGUGCCAUCGGGUAGAGAGCUCUUCUCUUGGGUCCCACACAGGUAGAGCAGGCAGGUGUGUCAGGAACUUUCUGCCCCUGAUUCCACUGUGACCCUGUGCGUUAACACCUUCCUCUAUGCCUCCAAGGCAGAAGUCAUUUUCCAGGUGCAGAAAAACUAAAUGUAGGCCAGAGUUCAUUUUGUGAAGGCAGAAGGCGAGGAAGGAAGGGGCACUGGGUCAUUUACGGGCUGUCUUGAGGAGGCUUGCUUUGCUUGCCUUGCAGACAGGGUGUUUCCCAGUGCUCUGAGCAGCCCAGUGUCUGUCCAGUUUGGUUGAGUGAAUGCUCCUGGCCUGAAGAUAAACAGUGUUUGGGGCAUUCUCUGUGAGCCUUGGGCUGAGACUUUCGUGGCACUCCCCAUAUCAUCUGCUUGUUAUGUAAUGUGACAACAUGGAUAUGAAAUAGAAACCAGAUGUCAGGGCAGAGCAGUGAGACUCUUCCCAGCGAGCCCGGCAGAGCAGCGUUGGGGCUUUCUGCUCUUGGACAAACAGCUUUGGAGGGGCUUCUCAGACUGACCGGAGGUCUUAGCUGAAGAUGGACUUUCUGGCCGAGACCAGCCUGUGGAGCUGCUGAAUCCUGCCCGCGUGAACCACAUGCCCAGCACGGUGGACGUGGCUACAGCGCUGCCUCUGCAGGUGGCCCCUGCAGCAGUACCCAUGGACCUGCGCUUGGACCACCAGUUCUCACUGCCCUUGGAACCUGCACUGCGGGAGCAGCAACUGCAGCAGGAACUCCUAGCACUGAAGCAGAAGCAGCAGAUCCAGCGGCAGAUCCUCAUUGCAGAGUUCCAGCGUCAGCAUGAGCAGUUGUCCCGACAGCAUGAGGCACAGCUGCAUGAACAUAUCAAGCAGCAGCAGGAGAUGCUGGCCAUGAAGCACCAGCAGGAGCUGCUGGAGCACCAGCGGAAACUGGAGCGGCACCGGCAAGAGCAGGAGCUGGAGAAGCAGCACCGUGAGCAGAAGCUGCAGCAGCUCAAGAACAAGGAGAAGGGCAAAGAGAGUGCUGUGGCGAGCACAGAGGUGAAGAUGAAGCUGCAGGAGUUUGUUCUCAACAAGAAGAAGGCUCUGGCCCACCGGAACCUGAACCACUGCAUGUCCAGCGACCCCCGCUACUGGUAUGGGAAGACACAGCACAGCUCCCUUGACCAGAGCUCUCCACCCCAGAGUGGGGUGUCAGCCUCCUACAACCACCCUGUCUUGGGAAUGUACGACGCCAAAGAUGACUUCCCUCUUAGGAAAACAGCUUCUGAACCUAACCUGAAAUUACGGUCAAGGCUUAAGCAGAAAGUAGCUGAGAGACGGAGCAGCCCCCUGCUGCGCAGGAAAGAUGGCCCUGUGGCCACUGCUCUAAAAAAGCGACCCCUGGAUGUUACAGACUCCGCAUGUAGCAGCGCCCCUGGCUCCGGUCCCAGCUCCCCCAAUAGCAGCUCUGGCAACGUCAGCACCGAGAAUGGCAUUGCACCCACCGUGCCCAGCACUCCAGCUGAGACGAGCUUGGCACACAGACUUGUGACUCGAGAAGGCUCUGUUGCCCCACUUCCUCUCUAUACAUCACCAUCCUUGCCCAACAUCACCCUGGGACUUCCUGCCACUGGCCCUGCUGCUGGUGCAGCAGGCCAGCAGGAUGCUGAGAGGCUUGCUCUCCCAGCCCUCCAGCAGCGAAUCUCCUUGUUCCCUGGGACCCACCUCACCCCAUACCUGAGCACCUCGCCCCUGGAGCGGGACGGUGGAGCAGCUCACAACCCCCUCCUGCAGCACAUGGUCCUGCUGGAGCAGCCACCCACCCAGACGCCCCUUGUCACAGACUGGUAUCUUUCAGGCCUGGGGGCACUGCCCCUCCACACACAGUCCCUGGUUGGUGCGGACAGGGUGUCCCCAUCCAUUCACAAGCUGCGGCAGCACCGACCUCUGGGGCGCACGCAGUCAGCACCCCUGCCGCAGAACGCACAGGCCCUGCAGCACCUGGUGAUCCAGCAGCAGCACCAGCAGUUUCUGGAGAAGCACAAGCAACAGUUCCAGCAGCAGCAGCUGCACCUCAGCAAGAUGAUUUCUAAACCCAGUGAGCCACCUCGGCAGCCUGAGAGCCACCCGGAGGAGACAGAGGAGGAGCUCCGUGAACACCAGGCCUUGCUGGAUGAGCCCUACCUAGAUCGGCUCCCUGGGCAGAAGGAGCCCUCCUUAGCUGGUGUGCAGGUGAAGCAGGAGCCCAUCGAGAGUGAGGAGGAAGAAGUAGAGGCCACUCGAGAGGCGGAACCCAGCCAGCGCCCAGCCACUGAACAGGAGCUUCUCUUUAGACAGCAAGCUCUUCUGCUGGAGCAGCAGAGGAUCCACCAGUUAAGGAACUACCAGGCAUCUAUGGAGGCUGCUGGCAUCCCUGUGUCAUUUGGCAGCCACAGACCUCUGUCUCGCGCACAGUCCUCCCCAGCAUCUGCCACCUUCCCCAUGUCAGUCCAGGAGCCCCCCACCAAACCAAGGUUCACCACAGGCCUUGUGUAUGACACACUCAUGUUGAAGCACCAGUGCACCUGUGGGAACACCAACAGCCACCCGGAGCAUGCUGGGAGGAUCCAGAGCAUCUGGUCCCGCCUGCAGGAGACUGGCCUCCGUGGCAAGUGUGAGUGCAUCCGCGGACGCAAGGCCACACUGGAAGAGCUGCAGACAGUGCACUCGGAGGCCCACACACUCCUCUAUGGCACAAACCCUCUCAACAGACAGAAACUGGACAGUAAGAAACUUCUAGGCUCGCUGACCUCCGUGUUUGUCAGGCUUCCUUGUGGUGGUGUUGGGGUGGAUAGUGAUACCAUAUGGAAUGAGGUGCACUCGUCUGGGGCAGCCCGCCUGGCUGUAGGCUGUGUAGUGGAGCUGGUCUUCAAGGUGGCCACGGGAGAGCUAAAGAAUGGCUUUGCUGUGGUUCGUCCCCCAGGACACCAUGCCGAGGAGAGUACACCCAUGGGUUUCUGCUACUUUAAUUCUGUGGCAAUUGCAGCCAAACUUCUCCAGCAGAGGUUGAAUGUGAGCAAGAUCCUCAUUGUAGACUGGGAUGUGCACCAUGGGAAUGGGACCCAGCAGGCCUUCUACAAUGACCCCAAUGUUCUCUACAUGUCCCUGCACCGCUAUGACGAUGGGAACUUCUUCCCAGGAAGUGGAGCACCAGAUGAGGUGGGCACAGGGCCAGGCGUGGGUUUCAAUGUCAACAUGGCCUUCACGGGUGGCCUCGAUCCCCCCAUGGGAGACGCCGAGUACCUGGCAGCCUUCAGAACGGUGGUCAUGCCAAUCGCAAAUGAGUUUGCCCCAGAUGUGGUACUGGUGUCCUCGGGCUUCGAUGCUGUGGAGGGCCACCCCACACCUCUUGGAGGGUACAAUCUCUCUGCCAAAUGUUUCGGGUACUUGACAAAACAGCUGAUGGGCUUAGCUGGUGGCCGGAUCGUGCUGGCCCUGGAGGGAGGCCAUGACCUGACAGCCAUCUGUGAUGCUUCUGAAGCAUGUGUUUCUGCUCUGCUGGGAAAUGAGCUUGAGCCUCUGCCAGAAAAGGUUCUACAUCAGAGACCCAAUGCCAAUGCCGUCCACUCCAUGGAGAAAGUGAUGGGCAUCCACAGUGAGUACUGGCGCUGCCUGCAGCGUUUGUCCCCCACUGUGGGGCACUCUCUGAUUGAGGCGCAGAAGUGUGAGAAUGAAGAAGCUGAGACAGUCACCGCCAUGGCCUCGCUGUCUGUAGGCGUCAAACCUGCUGAGAAGAGAUCUGAGGAGGAGCCCAUGGAGGAGGAGCCACCACUGUAGCCGAAGCUGCUGUUCUCUCCUUUGUCUGUCUGUCUUAAGGCUCAGCCAAGAAACUUUCCCGUGUCACUCCUGCGUCCUGCCUUGGUGCUCUCUCUGAGUGCGAAGGGACAGCAGGUGUGAAGCAGCAACGGGAGGCCUUUCUGCCGCCCUGGACCACAGGUCUGGAGACGCACACGAACACCAGGUGUGGCAGAUCAGAUGGAACACAGGACAGUGCGCAACACGUGGGCACACAGACAUGCCGCAGAAGCCAAGCACACGCUGCUGGGGUCCCCCAGGAAAGCCACGAAGGAAGAAGCUUGUGGCAACUUGGGCAGAGUUGCUGAAUUGAGUUGACAUGAGGAAAAUGAAAAUCAAAGAUCUAAUAAUACAGAACAAACUUGAUUAAAACUGGUGCUUAACAUUUGAUUCUUACCCACAAUCCCACAGUCUCCGUGUAAACCACUCAACUCAUCUUGUAGCUUUUUUAAAAAAAAAAAAAAACAAGAAAACAAAACAGUUUUCUAUGGCUCUGGCCUGCCUUGUGAACCUUAGUGGGGUGCUGUGGGGGUUCACAGCUUAGCGAGGACGGAGUUGGAAGAAACGUCAAAGAAUAAAAAACUAGACAGAACAGAAAUGGGAGCCUGGGAGUCAGCUGGAGCUUCUCGAAGCCAUCGGAAGAUGCGAGUUUGUGCCUUUUUUUAUUGCUCUGAUGGAAUUUUUUGUGGCUGGGUUUUCUGAAGUCUGAGGAACAAUGCCUUAAGAAAAAACAAAAACAAAAACAAAAAAACACCAGUAAGAAUUGGUGUGACAGUGUCCUGUGGCUGGCUGAGUCUAGUGAUGCUGGCCUGGCAUUACAAGAGUGGCACCAGCCACUGUCCCCGAGGGCCGAAGGACAGCCAGCCAGCCUUGCUUGGUUUGAUCACCGUUUAAGGAAGGUGAGGUAGUUCCAAAAAGCAGCGAACGCCGCCGCCGCCGGCAGUUUUGAAGUCUAACACGUUUUUAAACGGAUCCAAAGUGUUCUUUCCUCAUCCGUCACAUAGCAGUUGAGCAUCUCCAUUCGAUUGUGAAGCAUGUCGUAGGCACAUUGCAGUGUUACGAUCGGAAUGCUUUUCAUUAAAAGCAGGUAGCAUGAAGUAUUGCUUAAAUUUUAGGUAUAAAUAAAUAUAUAUAUAUAUGUAUAAUAUAUAUUCCACUGUAUUCCAAGCUAAGAAACUUGAUUCUUAUGAGAUCUUGAUAAAAUAUUUAUAAUGCAUUUAUAGACAAAGUAUAUAUAAAUAUAUAUAAUAAAUCCAGACCGCAGAGGUCCUGGCAGGCGAAAGACGUGUGUGUUAGCUCUGAGGUGCUGAGGGCUGGGUCUGGAUUGAAGCCCAUGGAUUUCUGAGCUCCAGAUUGGCCAGCUUCCAGAUUGCCAGCAUGUUCACCCCUGGGCAAUUUCCCUACCAGUUUGUACUUUAAUUUUAAUUAUUUUCUAACAAAACCUCUGCCCUUUCCAAGCCUCCAUGCACAUAUGUACCUGAUGAGUUUUUAUAGCAAAAGAUAUAAACUUGCUGUUGAUUUUUGUAUGAAUUUUUCACAAAAAGAUCCUGAAGAAAACAUUAUUUUGUGGAUUUUACAUUUUUCCCCUUACCAUUCAGCAGUUUUCUGAAGGUGGUAAUGUCUGAAACUUUUUCUUUCUAAAUUCUUACUUGUACAUUUUUUUUAGCUCUGAAGGUUAUUUUUAUGGUUUGAUUUUGUUUCUUUUUGUACAGCAAGCAGGGCUCUGCUUUGACCAGGACCGCUGCUGUCAUGCUUGGUUUUUUAGAGCAAACCUCUCGAGAUUGGGCAGCAGGUCUGCGUGGCACCCUUGUCUUGUAAAGCUCACCGGGAGCUGCACAGCCACGGGCUCCUGCCCCGCAACACUCAUAGUAUUACAAGGGCGGGCAGGCCGCAUGAGACACGAGGGCAGUCAGCAUCAAUGAGCGUGGACUUGUAACCACUCCAUCAGGAUAGAACUCCAGCUCUAGUUUCCCAAAGACCUUCGAGGCGAGUCCACAAGCGCCUGCCCAGAGCCUGGCCCUGCAGCUGUCAGCAAUUUCCAUUGCGGCCUCAUAACCUGGACUCUGGCUAGAGCCACAGCCCUGGGUUUGUAGCCUGUGGCUGCUGAACCAAGGCCUUUGUCCUUGUCCUGCAGGAACACAUAGGGUCCUGAGGGACAGUCAGUCUUUGUCUUUGCUCUUUUUUUUUUCUAUGACAACUGACUUUUUAACUGCUAACUUCUUUUCUAGCACUUAAAGCCACCAAUUUCAUUCCAAAGUGGAGUUCAGACUGGCGAGAGGAAGUUGAGAUACUCAGAAGGGACAUCAAGCUAAGUUUCUGAAUUUGGUGGCAUUUACAGGGUAGAUGGGAACUGGGUCAAGCUUUUAACCAACAGGCUGAACACACAUUCUUGGACUUUUGAUCGCUGUGCUGCUAUGAGUGCUAAGCUAAGACAGUGGGUAGAGAGGUCUUAGGACAUGCCUGACUGUCCUCCCUGUGUCCCUUCUGGCCCUUGGCGGAAGGGACAAACUUGAGGGAGCCAUGCAGCCUCUCCCUUGCUUGUCACUGCAUGGUGACAGAGGCCAGCUAGCUGCUCUUCUGGCCUCCUUGGUCCAUUUUCUGCAUACCCUGCCACCUGCCCUCUUGUGCCAGCCACGACUCGUGGGAGCAUCAUCUUACCUUUUCAGGUGAUGGGUAGCAGGCCACUCAGUGGCCAGGGUACUGUGAGAGGAACUCACUUUGGUUCUAUUCAGUCACCCUUUGAUGCAGGGGCCUGGCCAGGGAGCCAGCUCACUCCAGCUUCCCUGGGAGCUGAAAGCAUUACCUACCAUAUAGCCUUUUCUCCCCUUUGAAGACAGGUGUGGUCCUUCCUCACAGUCAUCACCCAGGGCAGAGGGCAGAAGGUCGGCCUUGACCUCCAGGGCAGGACCACAGCACUCCCCUGCCUGGACCUUGAACCUUCCACCUUCUCCCUUCCUUUGCAAAGGCCUUGGUGGGUGCUGGCAAGGGAGCCGGAGCAAGCACUUUACACCCCUUUAAGGGGAGCCCGAAGGCACCGUGUCCUCAGGGUGCUGGUGUUCGCUCACCCUUGGGGCUUCCACCUGCACCCUGAGAGCCCACGCCCCACCAGCAGGCGGCUGUUCCCAAGGCCACCACCUGCUGGGACAUCCCAGGGCUCUGGCUUGAGGGCUGCUUUAUGAAAGUGUUUCAGUUUUUCUUUAUUUUCAAAUCUGUCCCCAAGAGGAAGGACCACCCUGUGGUGGUCUCCGCAGCACUGGUGAUGGGCUCAGUCAUGUUUCUUUCCUCAGAACAUUCCUUCCUUCUUCACUGGUCCCAGCCACGUGCUCAUUCCAUCCUUCUUUUUGUAGACUUUGGGCCCAUGUAUUUUAUGGGCAUUGAUACAUAUAUAAAUAUAUAGAUAUAAAUAUAUAAAUAUAUUUUUUUAAGUUUCCUACACCUGGAGGUUGCAUGGACGUACGCCGGCAUGUCUUUAUAUUGUAUACAGAUUUUGCACGCCAAACUCGGCAGCUUUGGGGAAGGAGAAGCAUUGCCUUUCUCUCCCCUCUCAUGAUGUUUGCAGAUGCAGAAAUUUUUUUCUGUAAAACAAAACAAAACCUUGAAGGAGAAGAGGGGGGCGUUUGAGUCUUACUGAACUUAUUCUUAAGAAAUUGUACUUUUUAUUGUAAGAAAAAUAAAAGGACUACUUCCACACUCGUCAUUAAGAAAAGUUUACCUAGCACCUUUGACAUACCGAUAGAGAGUCGAUUGUAUCCACACGCAAGCUCCACAUUCAGACCCUGCUGCCUGUCUGUCAAGCUGGCUGGGGGUGUUUUCUUUUGUUUUGUUGGUUUUCUCCUCUCUCUCCCCGCACAGGGCCAGGUGCACCCUGCCUGCUGUCACUGGCCUCUGGUCGAGAACCUGAGGUUCUGGUGAGUCCUGUCUCAGCACAACUGUGUCGAUGGGUUCAUUCCUUCUAGAAGACACGGGGCUGGGGUUCUGCACUGGGCAAUCCAGGCCUUUGUGAGCCCUAGGUCUAAAUGACACUUGGCACUGGAGGAAACUAUUUCUCCCUCUCAAGGAUCCAGGUGUGCUCUGCACCCGGCCUUGAUGGCCUCACCGGCCUUGAGUUGAUCAAAGUCUACUAUGGAAAGAGAAGAAUGCAGACAGGCCUUGUUCGGGGGUGUGCACUCCAGUGAGGAGGUACCGUUUCCCGAUCUGUAAGAAUGUUAAACAUGCUGUUUUCAUGUAUGCACAGGAGGCUGACCUCUGUCAGCAAGAGCUCACUACAGAAGUGUGGUCCAAGCCACCGGAGCGCUGCCACAUGAUGCCGUGUGUGCUCCACAGCCUUGACCGCCUUCACUCUGUAACAGCCUGUUUUCUCUUUGAUUGUCUGGACCUCCCCUCCUUGGCGCUUUCUCCUCCUGGCGGGGUUGGGGGUCAUGUUUGGUUUUCUCAUUCUUGUUUCGUUUUUUUUUUUGUGUGUGUGGUGGGUUUCACUGACCGGCGGUGCCCUCUGGCGGUCACCUCUUUCCACCUCCCGGGUCCAGUGUUUGUACCACAUCACACACUUGUCGCUCUCGUGGUGUAAAUAAAGACUGCGUUAAUUGCCCUCCCA